AUGGUAUGCUUCUUCGAUCUUCCUUUGCCUAUCAGGGAGCAGAUUUACCGAUACGCCCUGGUCAAAACCCGCAUCUUCGUGCGUCCCUUCAUCUCAAUGGAGUAUGUUUUCGAUGCCAACCGCGCCAACAGCUACGGCAUCCCAACCCUCUCUCUACUCUGCGCCUCCAGACAAAUCCAUAAAGAAGCCAACCCCAUCUAUCUCGGCGAAAACAUCUUCUCCGUCGUCCAAAUCGACAUCCUCGCAGCUGCAAGCAGAAAAUUCCCGGGCCUCGCCCAAAACCUGAAGAAAAUCCGUCAUCUCGAACUCAUCUUCGACAGCCGCGACUACAUCUACCUGGCGCAGUUCCUCUCGCAGCAACUCCCGACUAUUUCCGAAGUCAUUGAAGAUACGGCUGACGAUUCCAUCGGUAAACUUAGCGCCUUGCAGGUGCUGGAUGAAAUGCAUGCUCGUUUCCCCUUGUCUGGGACUCGUCACUCUCAUUCAACUUCGAUGGUCUCAAUGUCGAGCCCGUCAUCCCCGCUGCAUGACUCCCACAUUGAGAACAUGAAGGAGUAUCUGUGGGGUCGUACGUUGACGUUCAUUCGUCAAAUGUUUCGGCUCUCCCAGCUGCAAGUCGAUCUGAGACGCUGUACCUGCAGUGGUGGGUGCUGUCGUCUUGCUGGGGAGGUGCUUCGUUGGGGAUGGUUUCAUGUUUGGGUCCAUGGAAUGCCGGCACAGGUUCUGGUGCGAGGAGCUUCGAGUCGUGAGAAAGAGGCCAUUUCUAGGAUCUUUGGUGAGCAGCGGUUUUAUCCAGGACCCUGCACAGGUGAUCUGUAUGAUAAAGAGAGGGCCGUGGAUGCAGGGGAAUUGGAUCGAUAUGACGAUGUGAUUCGGGGUGUUCAUCAGAAGCUGACUCGGUAG